AUGCCUUCCGGCCCCAACGAAGUGGAACCGAAGAUAGAUAUCUUCAUCGACAGAGGUGGCACAUUCACGGAUUGCAUUGGCAUACCGCAAGACAAUCGUGGCGAGGACAUUGUCGUGAAGCUGCUGUCGGUCGAUCCCGAGAACUACCAAGAUGCUCCUACAGAAGGCAUACGGCGAAUACUAGAAAAUUUUACUGGCGCGAAUAUUCCUCGCAAUGACAAGCUUGACUAUUCACGAAUUGGAGUAAUACGGAUGGGAACGACGGUCGCGACGAAUGCGCUCUUAGAGAGAAAAGGCGAGCGCAUUGCAUUGCUCAUUACGAAGGGCUUCAGGGACGCCCUCGAGAUCGGCUACCAAGCGCGACCAAAGCUUUUCGACCUUGCCAUCAACAAGCCAGAUGUUCUCUACUCCGAAGUCGUCGAGGUUGAGGAGCGCGUCACGUUGGAAGAUUCCGCGAAAGAUCCCUUUGCCGGAUGCAUAGACGUAGCUUCCGAUUCUCGUCUCCGCAUAGGCCAGAGCGGCGAUGUGGUACGAGUGCUCCUGCCCCUCGAAAUUGAAGCAACAAGACGUUCGCUCCGAGAUCUCCGAUCCAGAGGCUUCACUAGCGUAAGUAUCUGCUUCGCCCACAGUUACACUUUUCCGGACCACGAGAACAUCGCAGGGCAGCUGGCAGAAGAGGAGGGCUUCACGAGCAUAUCCAAGAGCUCAGCAUUACUUCCAAUGAUCAAACUGAUCUCACGAGGCAUGAGCGCCUCCGCAGAUGCGUAUUUGACUCCAGCGAUCAAAGACUAUGCCAGGACAUUUAAGAGCGGUUUCCGCAGAUCCUUGGCAGGAGCGCAGUGUCAAUUCAUGCAGAGCGACGGUGGUCUCGUCGAUAUCGAUCGCUUGACUGGGCUUCGCGCAAUCCUCUCUGGGCCUGCUGGUGGGGUCGUUGGCUACGCCAGGACUAGUUAUACUAUUGACAAGGUACCUGUCAUUGGCUUCGACAUGGGCGGGACCUCUACGGAUGUCAGUCGUUUUGGUGGAGAGCUCGAACACGUCUUCGAGACUACUACCGCCGGUGUUACGAUCCAGUGCCCACAACUAGAUAUCAAUACAGUUGCUGCUGGUGGUGGAAGUAUAUUAGCCUGGAAGAAUGGCUUGUUCCACGUCGGUCCUGAAAGCGCCUCCGCUCAUCCGGGGCCGGCGUGCUACAGGAAAGGAGGACCACUUACUGUCACCGACGCAAAUCUAUUCUUAGGCCGCUUAAUCCCCGCAUACUUUCCGUGCAUCUUCGGUCCCGAAGAGAACCUCCCACUAGAUCAUGAGCGAACCGCUGCCCUUUUCCAUGAGCUGGCCACCUCGAUUAGCGAGGAUAUUCAGAGACUUAUAUCACCAGAAGAAAUCGCGGAAGGGUUCCUAAACGUCGCAAAUGAAGCAAUGUGUCGACCCAUUCGCGCCUUAACUGAGGGCAAAGGCUUCAAUACGUCGCAUCACCGGCUCGCGGUGUUUGGCGGGGCCGGUGGGCAGCACGCAUGCUCCAUCGCCGAAAAGCUUGGAAUUCAUACUGUCAUCAUCCACAAGUACUCCAGCGUGCUCUCCGCGUACGGAAUGGCACUCGCAGACCUCGUUGAAGAAGCUCAGGAGCCCUGCUCGCUGACGCUUGAACAUUCUUCCGAACAGCUGAUUGCCAAGAGGUUCAAGCAGAUAGAAGAUCGCGUACUUCUAGGUCUGGCUGACCAGGGAGCAACAUCAGCGCCUGGUCUCGAAAUUCAGAGAUUUUUGAACCUCAGAUAUGACGGCUCCGACACCCAAAUCAUGACGCCGCUUCCAGUUGAUGGCAACUUCAAGGCAGCCUUCGAGGAGAGACACAAGAGGGAGUUCACCUUCCUGCUGCCUGGGCGCAAGAUCUUGAUCGAUGACGUCCGCGUCCGCGGCGUCGCAAAGGAGUACAGCAGGCCAGAGUACAAUUUCAUGAAGGAGUUGAGUGCCGCAACGGCACCAAACUCCGUGAAGCCAGAAAGGCACUCUCGAGCCUACUUUCAACAGCAUGGAUGGCUAGAUGUUCCAGUAUUCCGCUUAAGUUCUCUGGUCGCGAAAACUCAUAUACCCGGCCCUGCAGUCAUCAUCGACAAUACCCAGACCAUCGUAGUCACGCCCUCAUCUAUAGCAAGUAUCCUUAGAGAUCAUGUCAUCCUCCACGUCGGAGCCGUGGAGAAGAGCAGUCCCAACUCCGAAAUCGAGCUAAGGAAGCCGGAGGUUGGCGAGCGGGGGGAUCCUGAUUCCGAAGGGAGAGAAGAAAGCUGCCCGAGGGACUCCAGCCUACCAAAAGCUCCGGAUGCCAUCCAACUAUCCAUUUUCGGACACCGCUUCAUGUCGAUAGCGGAACAAAUGGGCCGCACACUACAGAAAACUUCCGUGAGCAUCAACAUCAAGGAGCGUCUUGACUUCUCUUGUGCCAUCUUCGGCCCGACUGGAGACCUGGUGGCGAAUGCGCCGCAUGUGCCUGUCCACUUGGGCAGCAUGGCAUAUGCUGUAAAAUAUCAGCAUGAGCGCCACGGCUCAACGCUCCAACCUGGUGAUGUUCUUGUCGCCAAUCAUCCCAUCUCCGGCGGUACCCACCUCCCCGACAUUACAGUCAUCACACCUGUCUUCGGCGCGCUGGGCAACAUCGUCUUCUACACAGCGUCGCGCGGUCACCACCGCGAUAUCGGCGGUUACGAAGGCAUUUCGGGAAAUGCGAAUGCGACGACAUUGCAUCAGGAAGGUGCUAGCAUCAUUUCUUUCAAACUAGUCUCCGGUGGUGUGUUCGAUGAAGCUGGCAUCACCAGGAUCCUCGUCGAUGAACCUGCCCAGCAUCCAAAUUGCGUGGGAACGCGAAGCUUAUCAGACAACCUGUCGGAUCUCAAGGCACAGAUCGCAGCCAACGCGAAAGGCGCUUCACUCAUUGAAGACCUUAUCACGGAGUAUGGCCAGCACACAGUGCAGUUCUACAUGUCCGCCAUCCAAUCGAACGCUGAAAUCGCAGUUCGCAAAUUCUUGCAGCAAACGCACACCCGCGUGCGCGGCCGCCCUCUUCGCGCCACCGACUCCCUCGAUAACGGCACACGUAUUGCACUCUCGAUCCGCACAAGAGAAGACGGCUCUGCAGACUUCGACUUCGCCGGCACCGGCCCCGAAUGCCUGGGAAACAACAACGCACCGCCCAGCAUCUGCCUCAGCGCAAUCAUCUACUCCCUCCGCUGCCUCAUCAACGAAGACAUCCCGCUCAACCAAGGCUGCCUCUCCUCCAUCAACGUCAUCAACCCAAAAGGCUCAAUCCUGAACCCAAGCCACUACGCCGCGGUAUACGCGGGCAACACGCAGACCUCGCAGCGCAUCGUCGACGUCAUCCUCAAGGCCUUUCGUGCUUGCGCAGCCUCGCACGGCUGCAUGAACAGCAUCGGUUUCUUCGGCGGCCGCGACCGCAAAGAAGGCGACGGGUACAAGUUCGCCUACGGCGAGACGAUCUGCGGUGGCGCAGGCGCGGGUCCGACUUGGAACGGCGCGUCCGCCGUCCACGUCCACAUGACCAACACGCGCAUCUCCGACGUCGAGGUUCUCGAAAAGCGAUACCCGAUCCUCCUCCGCGAAUUCAGCAUCAGACGCGGUUCUGGUGGGAGAGGUCAGCGCAACGGUGGCGACGGCGUCACCAGGGUUAUUGAAUGCAGGGAGCCCUUAACCUUCUCGAUGAUUUCGGAGCGGAGGGUGAGUCGGCCUUAUGGUAUGGACGGUGGUGAGGAGGGAGAGGCGGGGCAGAACUUGAUCAAGAAGGUGGAGGAUGGCGAGAGCAGGAUUGUGAGUCUAGGGCCGCGGGGCAUCGUGAAGUUGAAGGAGGGAGAGCAGUUUAUCAUCAAGACGCCUGGUGGUGGGGGAUGGGGCGCGCCGCCGCAUGAGUCAGAGUAG